AAUUGUGCUCCCGGCCACCGCCGCCGCCAGCAGCAGCCGCCGCAGCUCCGGCUCCUCCCGGCGCCCGCCCCCUUCCCGCCCUCCUCCCUCCCUCCCUCCCUCCCGCACGGCAGCCGCGCUCGCCCAGCGGACGGGGUGUAAGGCAGCGACGUCGGCAGGAGCAUGGCCCGCACCAAGCAGACCGCCCGCAAGUCCACCGGCGGCAAGGCGCCCCGCAAGCAGCUGGCCACCAAGGCGGCGCGCAAGAGCGCGCCCUCUACCGGCGGGGUGAAGAAGCCGCACCGCUACCGGCCAGGUACUGUGGCUCUCCGUGAAAUCAGACGCUAUCAGAAGUCUACUGAACUUUUGAUCCGCAAGCUUCCCUUCCAGCGUCUGGUGCGUGAAAUUGCUCAGGACUUCAAAACAGAUCUGCGCUUCCAGAGCGCUGCUAUCGGUGCUUUGCAGGAGGCAAGUGAAGCCUACUUGGUUGGCCUGUUUGAAGAUACCAACCUGUGUGCUAUCCAUGCCAAACGUGUCACAAUCAUGCCAAAAGAUAUCCAGCUAGCACGCCGCAUACGUGGAGAGCGUGCGUAAACUUCACCAUGAUGGGUUUGUCGUUCUUGAAGCAAAAUAUUCUUCCUGUUAUUGGUAGUAAUGAACGUUAGAUAUUUUUUUCCAUGGGGUUAAAAGGUACCUAAGUAUAUGGUUGCAAAUGGAAAAAUAGGGGACAGAAUUGGUAUUGGCAAGUUUUUUUCCAUUUUCAUUUGUGUGUGGAUUUUUAAUAUAAAUGAGGGGACAUAAAACAUCAAUGCAGGCAAAAAAAAAAAAAGUCUCAGUGAACAAGUUUCAACAAUUCAGCUUUAUAAAAAUUAUAAAUAAACCUGUCAAAUUUUUCUGGACAAUGCCAGCAUUUGGAUUUUUUUUAAACAAGUAAAUUUCUUAUCAAUGGCAACUAAAUGGUGUUUGUAGCAUUUUUAUCAUACAGUAGAUUCCAUCCAUUCACUAUACUUUUCUAACUGAGUUGUCCUACAUGCAAGUACAUGUUUUUAAUGUUGUCUGUCUUCUGUGCUGUUCCUGUAAGUUUGCUAUUAAAAUACAUUAAAUGAU